CGCCAGAAUUGGAGAACAUACGGCUCUCCGCACACCCGCAAUGGUCCGAGCCCAUACAAGAGCUGGCUACACGAUCCUAGCUGCUUUCUUCCAUCAUGGCGACCGUUGCAGCGACCCCUCGACCUUCCAAGCGGCCACGCACGACGAGCAAGGCGCUCACGCUUGAUCAGCUGCCGAACGACCCUGCAGAGCUUCAGAGCAAGCUGCUCGAGCUCUCUGGCAAUGUCCUGUCAGAAGCGCUGGAGAUGUUGCUCAAGCACGCUAGGGAAACAAGCAAUCAGACCCCGGUCGGCGAGGUGCUGCUCAGUGCAGCCACCGAAGCGCUCUACCGCGCUUCGUCCAACGCACAUCCGUCUGCCACAGCCAAACGACAGAAGCAAGAAGCGACGAGGUCGCCCAGGCGAUGUGGAACGUUCAACGACGGCACGUUCACCUCCGAGGACUAUGCUCAGCUGGUCCGAUGCGACACUUACCGCGUAGAUGCUCUGUCAUUGGUUUGGAGAGAACUUCCGACGCAGGACAAAAGUCGAUGCGCCAGCAAGACUCUCGCAAGCGUCAAAGCUACCGAACUUCAUCAGGAUGCUGCUCGGCUUGCUAGAGCAGCGCUGCAACUAUUGCCAGACGAACCAAAGGCAUAUCAUAGAGCUGCUGAAGCGCUGAGAGCUUGUGGGCAAGCACAGCAGGCUUUGAAAGCGAUCGAGAAGUCUCCCAGAUAUUCGCCGAGGGACGGGUCGUCUUGGGACUAUGCAUUCACCCAACUGCAAGCACGACUAGAUGGACCGGCGGUGAACCUGCUUUCGGACGACACCCUGUCCGCAAUCUUCGCUCAACUCCCGCGGCGAACUCUCAACAUCAUCGGCGAGGUUUGUCCACGCUGGCGCUCCGUCGUCGCAACACCAGAAUUGUCUCGUCACCUCACCGUAGACUUGGACAAUCGGGACUGGCGCAAAGCUGCAUUGCGGGAAUGUCGGGCUGCAGAGCACCGCGUCAAAACUUGGAUCAUUGAGCCCUCGAAGAAUAAAGCUGCGGCCGAGCUCUUAAAAUUGGCUGGCGAGCAGGAAAGAGCUGCUUUGAAAGGCUUCUUUCACCUUCAUUCUUCGAUCGCUAAGAGCGGCGCUAUGGCUUGCUUGAACGAAACGCACGACUUCAUCAGGUGGGCUUGCGAAGCGCCUCAUCUGCAACACCUCGUCUUGCCCGAAGGAUCGCUGGCAGCGCGCGAGUGCACGCGGAAGACGGCCGUGGAGUUUAGGUGCAGGGUGCACGACAGUCACAUUCCCGAAUGCGCCUCGACUUUCAAGGAUUAUCUGGAUUGGUAUUCUUGCGAUCUGCCGGUCUUACCCGCAAGCCUUUCAGCGCGUGCCUUGAAGACGUUGGUCGUUCCGGAAUUUCAUAUUUGGGAGCCGAAAACGUGGGCAUCGCUGGAACAUUCGCUGCGACAUCUCCGAGUCUACAAGAAUGGUUUGCUCUGCGCUUUGAUGGAUGUGCUCUACCGAACGUGUAAGACUUUGGAGACGCUCAACUGGUGCUUCGUGGAAGAUGCUGGCCUCAUGUCGAGGAUCAUGGAGACAUGCCACUAUCCUCCGGACAUGCGUGUGCCGGCGGCGUGUCCGCAGCUGCGAUAUCUUCGCCUUACUAGUCCGCCCGGCUACGGAAGGGCUCCGCUCGAGUGGUACAGUCUCAAAGAAUGCUCUUUCCCCGCUUUGGAGGUCGUCGACAUACAGCUCGGGCAACAGCACAUGCUUCCUCUUUCUAACCUGCCCUCUUUGCGCGUCUUGCACAUUCAAGCAGCUCCCAGCAAGGCCGAUGCCAUUCGACCUUGGGAAGAUCUCAAGGUUGUGGAGAGACUUUUGCAUGGAUGGCCCGAGCAGCCGCCCACCUGGCUAGGCGCUGCCGAGGUUGUUGUUCACGAUAUCGGCGUUGCUGAGCUGGUCGACUUGUUCGACACGACGCGCGAUCAUUAUUUGCCGAGGAUGAUCUCCUCCAUAGUCAUAUGUGCAUCGAUCCACGAUGGAUUCGCGCUUCGUGCUGAUGGUGCAAGUCGCACAGCAGCACCGUGCUGGUCUGCAGAAGGCUGGGUAGGCUUCUUGCGUCGAUGGGUGGCGCUUCGUUUCGCAAUGCAUCGACAAGCUCCCAAAAAUGUCAUCGACUACAUUUGCGAUUUCGACAAUCCACUUCCACUCAACAAGCCAGCUGUUCAGGUGGAGAAGAAGCAAAGCGGUAGUCCCUUUUCGCGCAACACUUCCGCCUCGAACAUCACGGCGACUGUGGGACAGAUUUUGCAAAAGUCGCGCAUCCGGCUGCUAGAAGUCUGGCAGUACUUGGACCCUUCUUGCGACCCUGCAGCUUCUACACCGCAGGGCGUCCGAGGUGACGCUGCGCCCUUGCGUACCGUGUACUUGGCCCAGAGCGAGCUGAAUCAGAUCCGCAACGAGGAGCGCUGGUUCAACGAGCAUGGCGUCGAAUUCGUCCUGAUGAAGCCCACAGCGAAUGCAGCCUAGGCGUAUUCAAGCGGGCCUAGAAUGAUUGCGCAUUUGGCUGCCGAGAGCGCGUUGAUGCCUCAGACGAGGACUCAUGCCGGAACGGGUCGAAAUUUUGCCCGAUCGAAAGUUCCCAGCCAUUACCCCUCCCCACCCUUACCUUUGCGUGUAACCCAAUCAGCCCUCAUACCAAG